GUUAUUAUCCGCUUAGGUCGCACAUGAAUUUAAGUCGAUUCCCCCAGUUGAACUUAAAUUUGACUCUGGAGUGACCAGCAAAUGUCAUAUGUUAUUGCCUUUAGAAUAUGCACUUCAAACGUAUAAUUCUAUUAACAUUAGAACCGAUCAAUUAAGACAUGGAUUUGAGUGGGGAGCAGAGAGAAUUCCUUGUUAUUUUGUGCGUCUUGGCUGCAGCCCUCGUGCAAACUUACCAGAUCCAAGAGGCCACUGUGUACUGGGAUGCUGCCCAGAAGAGUGUGAUUCUGAAUGAGGGGGUGUUGGAGAAAGAAGGGGGUGCCUAUGGCUAUUACAAUGACACUCUCCUCUUGACGGGCUGGGGGGUGCUGGAGAUUCGGGCAGGGUAUGGGGAGACCCCCGAGAGUGAUGAGACCACCUCCUUCUUGGCUGGGUAUCUGGAAGGGUUCCUCACUGCAGAGCAAAUGUUUAGCCACUAUGCCAACAUAUAUCCUCAGAUGAUUAAAGAUGAGAAGAUUCUGGACCCCUUGAAAGAUUUCAUGAUUAAACAGGACUACUGGACCAGAGAGCAGGUGAAGUUGAGGAGAAACAGGGACCCCUUUUGGCUGCAUGCAGGACUGAUCCUGGCUCAACUGGAUGGGCUACAGGCUGGAGCUGCAUACUGGGCCAAGAGCAGGCAGAGAGAGCCUCUGUCCAUGUUUGCGCUGCAGUUUCUGAAUGAAGUUGGAGACCUGCUGGACCUGAUUCCAGCACUGACACCACGCUUCAACUCCUCCCGAGGCCCUGUGCCAGGAAUAGGCCACUGCUCAGCUCUCAUAAAGGUUCUGCCAGGCUUUGAGAACCUGCUGUUAGCCCACUCCAGCUGGUUCAACUACGCUUCCACCAUGCGUAUCUACAAACACUGGGACUUCAAGCUGGCCGACACACACACCGCCACGGGCAAGAUAUCCUUCAGCAGCUACCCUGGCUUCCUGACAUCUUUGGAUGACUUCUACCUGCUAGGCAGUGGGCUGCUGAUGACUCAGACCACCAACAGUGUCUUCAACACCUCUCUGUUCACCCUGAUCACCCCCCACAGCCUGCUGGCCUGGCAGAGGGUGCGGCUGGCACACGCCCUGGCACGCACUGGGGAGCAGUGGGCUCACAUCUUCUCUAAGUACAACUCCGGAACCUAUAACAGCCAGUACAUGGUGCUGGAUCUGAGCAGGGUGUCAUUGGGGAGGAGUAUAAGGGAUGGGGCUCUGACUGUGGUAGAGCAGAUACCAGGACUGGUGCUACACUCUGACCAGACACAGGCCCUGCGACAGGGCUACUGGCCGUCCUACAACGUGCCCUUCCAUGCAGACAUCUACAACCUGAGUGGCUACGGGGUCAUGUGGAGGAAGCAUGGAGAGGACUUCUCCUAUGACCUCUGUCCCAGAGCCAAGAUCUUCCGCAGGGAUCAGGCCAGGGUUACAGACCUCGCCUCCCUCAAACACAUCAUGAGAUACAACAACUACAGGAAAGACCCUUACUCCAAAGGCCAUCCCUGUAAAACCAUCUGCUGUCGCAAUGACCUGAGGCUGAAGAAACCACGUCCAGGAGGCUGCUAUGACACCAAGGUGACAGACUUCCACCUGGCCCGUCAGUUAGCAGGCGAGGCCGUGAACGGUCCCACCACUCAGGGGGGCCUGCUUCCGUUCUCCUGGAGUCACUUCAACAGCACAGCCCACAAGGGUCUGCCGCAGUCAUAUAACUUCAGCUUCAUCACCAUGAAGCCAACACUGUCACUAUACCAGCCCUGAGAGGGGUCUGGGUUGUGUUCAUAAGGGCAUGCAACAUAAAAAGAAAUUGCAAUAGAAGAUGAUAAUAAGGGUUUCUUAUUGGACAAGUCUAGGUAGUCCCUCUCUAUUUAAUUCAGUUAUCUUCCAUUUGGUGCUUAAUGAAAGUGACCCAUGGGUCUGAAAGCACACGGGCUAGGGAGUAGAGGAAGAAGUGGCCACCAGACACUGAUCCAAGGUCUUUUUUUGUUGUUAGCGAAACGGUUAGAUGCACUGAUUAUACUGUAUCCCUGUUAUGUGAUUGUUAGUUUUGUAUAAUGUGGGUUCAUUUGUGUGGUGUACAUUCCUCUGAGUUAAUGACUGAGCAGGCAGAGGUCAUUACAUGGUUCUAUGUUUACAGUGCAGUCCAGUAAAUUGUGUCAGUCGGGGUUGGGGAACAUGUAGCCUACGGGCCAAUAUUGACAUUUACACACAAUGAUACCAGCUCAGACUUCUCAUUUUGUGCCACAGUUUGGUUCCCUGGUCUUGACUUGAACCACAAGUGAUGACCUGAUGCCGAUAAUCAGGGAAUUAGUUGUCUGUACAACAUUCUCAGGUUUGUGUGUUUUUUCUGAAGGCACCAUAUUGAUACUCCCCGAAGAAGCAGUCCUCCAUAGGAAUGAAUGGAAUUCCACAGUAUUUCAAUUAAAUGUUUCAAUGACAAAAUUACAUGUCUUUAGUGGGGACAGUAACAUUAGUACUCUCAAAAAACUACUGAAAUUGUUUUAUUUUCAUUUUAAUGUUUAGCUCACAUAAUAUAAUUUAAAAGUCUGUAAUAGAAUAAACGUGGCAAAAACAAUU